UGUUCCACUCAGAAAUCCAGGACUCGUGUUAUUUUUUCGAUCAACGAAGCAAACAUUUCAGUCCCAAAAACUCCCACGUAAAAUCAUAGACAUUACAUUACGUUGAACUUCCUCAAUUUCUCCGAAAGCUCUGUCGAUUAACCCGACAAAUGUCUACUCUAAACAUAAUCGCAGCUCACAACCUCCCUUCACCCUCAACCUCCUCCUUUGCUGCUCAAUCUCACAAACCCAACUCGCUUUCACUCUUCUUCUGCACCCAAGCCUCCAGCAAACCCGACCCACCUAGGCUUUCGGGCUUCCCGACCCGGAAAAAACGAAGCUGGAUUGUGGGGUCGGUCACGGAGGACAGAGAGGUGGUUCCAUUGAAGGAAAAACUUGCAGAGGAGCAAGAUAGCAGGUUACUGGUUAAUGGGUCGGAAGAGUUUCAGGCUCUUUCGACAUCGUCGGAGGAGAAAGGAGAGGGGGAUGAUUUGGAUAAGCUGACGAGCAGAGCAAUUAAUGCGUUGAUUGUUCUGGGAUUUGGGACCUUUGCGGUCUCUAAGUUGCUCACAAUCGACCACGAUUAUUGGCAUGGAUGGACACUUUAUGAGAUACUAAGAUAUGUACCGGAACACAAUUGGAUUGCAUAUGAACAGGCUCUCAAAGCAAAUCCCGUUUUUGCCAAAAUGGUGAUAAGUGGGGUUGUCUAUACUCUAGGAGAUUGGAUUGCCCAAUGUUUUGAAGGGAAGCCACUUUUGGAUUUUGACCGGAAACGCAUGUUCAGAUCGGGCCUUGUUGGGUUUACUUUCCAUGGAUCCCUUUCCCAUUUUUAUUACCAAUUUUGUGAGGCUCUUUUUCCUUUGGAGGAUUGGUGGGUGGUCCCUGCCAAAAUAGCCUUUGAUCAAACAGUCUGGUCAGCGAUUUGGAACAGCAUCUAUUUUGUGGUUUUGGGGUUCUUGCGUUUUGAGUCCCCAACCAAGAUUUUUGAUGAAUUGAGGGCUACAUUUGUGCCAAUGCUGACAGCGGGAUGGAAACUUUGGCCAUUUGCUCAUGUGGUUACGUAUGGCCUGAUCCCUGUUGAACAAAGGCUUCUUUGGGUGGACUGUGUGGAGCUUAUUUGGGUUACUAUUCUCUCAACUUAUUCAAAUGAGAAUGCAGAUUCCAGUUUAUCCGAGGCAUCUUCUGGUGCAGAUUCUGCUUCUUCGUCAAGCAGUUCUUCAAAGGACUAAAUUCUGAAAAGCAUGGUACUGAGACGGUUUUCUACAGCCAACGCAAUAACCACUGUUUCCACCCUAUUAGUGUUUGGAAGCGCAAAAUUUCUAUACGAGAACUGCGAGGAAAGUAGUUGUUAGGGGAGAUCAUCAUUCAAUGGCUGUGCAGACCACAAUAUACUAGGAAGCAGCAUGAGCUAUGCAGCUUGGGAGACAAGCAAUUAUUGGUUAUCCUAACCAAACAUAUACGAUACAAAUAAUAAUUUUUCUGCCAAAUGUGUUCUAUAUUCGUUCUCAAAUUCAGUCAGCUCCCCCUGGCGAUCUCGUGCUAUGUAUAUUCAUUGGAGUAGCUGUAAAUUUCAACAGGUACUGCAACUCAUGUUGUAGCUUGGAGAAACUGUAUACUUGUAAUAAUAAUGCCAUAAAGAAGAGUAAGAAGAAUGAGAUUUUGUAACUACUUUAUGUUUCUUGAUGUUGAAAUGACUGCCUUUUUCGGCGAAUUUUGAGACCA